CAGAGAGAGAAAAGAGUACACGUAUAAAGUACAAUAUAUAUAUAUAUAUAUAUAUGUUUGCUGAUCAUAGUAUGUCAUAUUAUAUGUUGUGACGUGUAUAUUUUUUUAAUUUCAUCAAAUAAGUUAUAAAAGCAUCUGUGUUAAAAAAUAGAUUCUAUUCUAUUAUAUUAGGUAUUAUAAAAUGAUGCAAGAUGAGGAUCUCGGUGGUCCUACCAAAAGGAAUCCUGUCAUGCAAGCUUUCAUAAGAAUAUCACAGAUAUACCAAGGUUAUUUAGAUCUUUGGACACCUCAUACAAUAUCCAGAUGGAUAUUUGCCGGAUUUUUAGUACUUUUAUUUAUAUUGCGUAUUCUUAUAGCUCAGGGAUGGUAUAUUAUAAUUUAUGCCUUGGGUAUCUACCACCUUAAUUUGUUCAUAGGAUUUCUUACGCCGAAAAGUGAUCCAGCAAUGGAUUACGAUGACGGUGAGGGUCCGGAAUUGCCUACCAAAGCAAAUGAGGAAUUUCGACCAUUUAUUAGACGAUUACCGGAAUUUAAAUUCUGGUACUCAGUUACAAAAUCAACGAUAAUAGCAUUAUUUUGCACCAUGUUUGAGCUCUUCAACAUUCCUGUCUUCUGGCCAAUUUUAGUCAUGUAUUUCAUAACAUUAUUCUGUAUUACAAUGAAACGACAAAUUAAGCAUAUGAUUAAGUAUCGCUACUUGCCAUUCACUCACGGCAAACCAAAGUACCAAAACCAUGAUGGCAAUAUGAGGGUACCAGCUAAAUAAGUUUAAUUAUUAGGCUUUUUUUUUUGUUUUAAAAAAUAAUAAUAUAAUUGUUAAUUAAAAGUGCGUAAUAAUAGAUUUGUAAUUUGUAAUUUGUAAUUUAAACAAUUAAACAUGUGAAAGAAAAAUUUAUAAUGGUGAAUCAAGCUUGGAAAAUUUCUAAGCAUUUAAUGACUUUUAAUUAAACUAUGAUUUAUAUUAAUAAGUAUAUAUGAAAUUAUUUAAGUGCGAGAGUAAUCAAUUUUAGGUAAAUAAAACGAACGUAUAAAAAAUAAAUAAUUGUAAUUAAUAUAAUUAAUAAUACUUCUGGUACGCAUGUAUAAAUUAAAUAAUAUUGUCUUGUCUAUUGCGUUUGUAACAUAAAACUUGUACAAAGAACCAUUAAAAGUCUUGCACAUCAUCUUUCAAACUAA